UUGUUGAAAAUGUCUGUGAACGAAGUGAAGGAUUCUCGUAUCGACGGAAUUAAAACUAAGAUCCGUGUCGUUCCAGAUUUUCCCAAGAAAGGAAUAAUGUUCCAAGACAUAACAACACUGCUGCUAGAUUCUAAGUCUUUUAAAGACACUAUUGAUCUGUUUGUUGAGAGGUAUCGAGACAUGAACAUCUCGGUGGUUGCAGGUAUAGAGGCUCGCGGUUUCAUAUUCGGUCCGCCCAUCGCACUAGCCAUUGGAGCAAAAUUCGUACCCCUUCGUAAACCAAAGAAAUUGCCCGGCGAAAUAAUAUUUGAAGAGUAUGAGUUAGAGUACGGAAGUGACCGGCUGGAGAUGCAUGCCAGAGCAGUGGAUUCCGGUGAUCGAGCAUUGGUGGUCGAUGAUUUGAUUGCUACCGGCGGAACUCUCUGUGCCGCCGUGAAUUUGAUCGAGCGAGUUGGAGCGGAAGUCGUUGAGUGUGCAUGCGUUACCGAGUUACCCGAAUUAAAGGGAAAGGAGCGAUUAGAGGGAAAGCCAUUGUGUGUGCUCGUUGAAUAUCGAUGAUGUCAUUAUUUAUCACGUGCUAUUUUGUAAAUCGGAGAAAAUUGGUCGGUUAAUCUAUACUAUUAAAAGAUCAUCAUUAAUUUGAAAUGUCCAAAAGCUAC